AUGGCGACGGCGCGGGGCUGCUGCCAUGGCGGAGAAGGAGGGGAGCGGCGAGGAUGACGCAGUAGCUGAAAUAGAGAAAAAAAUUAUGGAAGCUUUUGAGGUGUUUGACCAUGAAUGCAAUAAAACUGUGGAUGUCAGAGAGAUCGGCUCAAUUGUCCGGUCACUGGGUUGCUUCCCAACUGAGGCAGAACUACAUGAACUGCUUGCAAAGGUCGAAGAAGAAGAACCAACCGGAUACAUUCAUCUGGAAAAAUUUCUUCCAGUGAUGACAAAAGUACUACUCGACAGAAGCUACCGGCCUAUUCCAGAAGAUGUUCUUCUACAUGCAUUUGAGGCUUUGGAUGAGAAUAAAUGUGGAUACAUUACUAAAGAGGACCUGGUCAAAUACUUGACUGAAGAAGGUGAGCCCUUUACUCAGGAAGAAAUGGAGGACAUGCUGUCUGCUGCUCUGGAUCCGGAAACAAAUACUGUUCGAUACAGAGACUACAUUUCAAAGAUGGUAGUAGAUGAAAGUUAAGAUCUUCCUUUUUAGUGCUUGAGAUGCCUUUCCGUAACAGCUGAGUGUCUUGGCAGUUAGUUGAAAUGUGUAUUUUAAAGUAUAACAAAGUUCAGCUUGUGACCUUGUGCUCAUAAUUAAAAUAAAAUCUGUGUAGCAAUAUUUCCUUGACUUCUGUAUACAUACUGAAAUAUAGUCACACCUGGAAAAAGAGCUCUAGACAGAAAUACUGUGUAAGGUCUGGAAAAGAAAUCAUGUAAUUUAGUUUGAAAAAUAACAGGAAAAAUAAUGUUAAUGGAGUCAAGAAAUGACUUUACAAUUGCUUCUGAAAAACUAAUGGAAAACGAGACCUGUGAAAGCGAGUAAAAGUAGGUAAGUGAGUACCUUAAAAUGACUAAAAUCAUGAAGGCAUGCUACUAAGAUAAAGCUUCUGUAUUUAAGUGUAACCCCUGUUUGUGUUUAACUAAUAAGGCAUCA